UGGCGCUAGAGAGUAAGCGUCCAUAAAACACGGCAGCGAUGUCAGGCAUUGUUUAUUUUGCGUGCUUCGGCAGCUCGUUUAAACGCUGAAAAUAUCCUUAUCGUUCCCUAGUUACCACCGGAAUACACCAGUUCUGCUUUUCACGGGCUGUGUUAGUCUUUCAGAAAGCUGUUCAUGCUGUUAUCUGUGUAGUGGGAGCUGUGCGCGCGUCUCAAGGAGCUCCAGGAGGACUGACGAUAUUUUUAAAUGGACAUAUUUUAAUAUUUAUCCAUCUGCUCGAUACGGUAAGCGUUAUAUUUAACUGACAACUUAUAAUCUUGCAAUAUAGCUACCCCCGACGGAUCUUCGAAGCGCGUCGCUUCCCUAAAUCUGCUGCGCGCUUUGACGCUUGGAUAAGCUGGAGGACAGCGACUCCAUACUGGAGCACGGAGAGAAGAUUUGUUUGAUGUCCUCGUGAGGAAACCGAGCUGAAGAUGUGGGUGAACCCUGGGGAGGUGUUGCUGGCCAGCGCGCUGUGGAUGACAGAGAGAGCGAAUCCUUACUUCAUCCUGCAGAAGAGAAAGGGCCACGGAGACGGCGGAGGAGGACUCGCGGGUCUGCUGGUUGGCACCCUUGACGUGGUGCUGGACUCGAGCGCCCGUGUGGCCCCGUACAGGAUCCUCUACCAGACCCCCGAUUCCCUGGUUUACUGGACCAUCGCCCACGGGAGCUCUCGUAAGGAGGUCACGGAGAACUGGGAAUGGCUGGAGCAGAAUCUGCUGCAGACGCUCUCCAUCUUCGAGAAUGAGAAUGACAUCACCACCUUCGUCAAGGGCAAAAUACAGGGCAUUAUCGCCGAAUACAACAAAAGCCAUGAAAUCAGAGAGGAUGAUGACACAGAUAAGUUUAAGGAGGCCAUCGCUAAGUUCGGCAAGCUCUUCGUCAUGCCGGAGGAGGAGAAGCUGGUGAACUAUUACUCCUGCAGCUACUGGAAGGGCAAGGUGCCUCGGCAGGGCUGGCUGUACCUCAGCAUCAACCACCUCUGCUUUUACUCCUACCUGCUCGGGAAAGAGGCUAAGCUGGUGAUCCGCUGGGCUGACGUGACUCAGCUGGAGAAGAACGCCACGCUGCUGCUGCCGGACAUGGUGCGCGUCAGCACACGCUGCAGCGAGCACGUCUUCUUCAUCUUCCUCAACAUCAACGAGACCUUCAAACUCAUGGAGCAGCUCGCCAACAUAGCCAUGAGACAGCUGCUGGACAACAAGGGCUUCGAGCAGGACCGCUGUCUGCCCAAACUCAAGAAGAAGUCGCCCAAGAAAGUGUCGGCCCUCAAAAGGGACUUGGACGCCAGGGCUAAAAGCGAGCGAUACCGGGCGCUUUUCCGCCUGCCGAAAGACGAGAAAUUGGACGGCCACACAGACUGCACACUAUGGACCCCCUUCAACAAGAUGCACAUCCUUGGACAGAUGUUCGUCUCCACUAAUUACAUCUGCUUCACCAGUAAAGAGGAGACCAUCUGCAGCCUGAUUAUCCCGCUCAGAGAGGUGACCAUCGUUGAGAAAGCCGAUAGCUGUAACGUCCUUCCCAGCCCCUUGUCAAUCAGCACCAAAAACAAAAUGACUUUCCUUUUUGCCAACCUCAAAGACCGGGACUUCCUGGUGCAGAGGAUCUCGGACUUCCUGCAGCAGACCACCUCCAAAAUCUACUUUGAGCGGGAGAUCACGGGCAGCCUCAGCAGCUCAGACGACGAGGUGUACUCUCAGCAGGGCAGUGUCUUGUCCUAUAGUCCGCAGCGCAGUGCACUCAGCUCUGAGGGAGACAGUGACAGGCAGUUCAAUCUCAAUGAGAGCAGGGUUCCCACGGCAACACAGGCCCUGAUGACCAUGUACCGCCGGCGGUCCCCGGAGGAGUUCAACCCCAAACUGGCUAAAGAGUUUCUGAAGGAGCAGGCCUGGAAGAAUCACUUCACCGAAUACGGCCAGGGAGUGUGUAUGUAUCGCACAGAGAAGACCAAAAAGCUGGUGCUGCAGGGCAUCCCGGAGAACAUGAGAGGAGAGCUCUGGCUCCUGUUUUCUGGGGCGAUUAACGAGAUGGCCACUCAUCCCGGUUAUUAUGAGGAUCUGGUGGAGAAGUCGAUGGGGAAAUAUAAUCUGGCCACAGAGGAGAUCGAGAGAGACCUGCACCGCUCUCUCCCAGAGCAUCCAGCCUUUCAGAACGAGAUGGGCAUCGCUGCCCUGCGUCGAGUCCUCACUGCGUAUGCCUUCCGCAACCCUAACAUCGGCUACUGCCAGGCCAUGAACAUCGUGACCUCCGUCCUGCUGCUGUAUGCUAAAGAGGAAGAGGCCUUCUGGCUCCUGGUGGCCUUAUGUGAGCGCAUGCUUCCCGACUACUACAACACCAGAGUCGUAGGUGCUUUGAUGGACCAGGGUGUGUUUGAGGAGCUGGCUCAUGUCCACGUUCCUCAGCUGUACGACUGCAUGCAGGCGCUGGGGCUCUGCCUGUCCGUCAUGCCCUUCGAGAGCGCCGUGGUGGUGGUCGACUGCUUCUUCUACGAGGGCAUCAAGGUCAUCUUUCAGCUAGCGCUGUCGGUGCUCGACGCUAACAUCCAUCAGCUGCUGGGCUGCAAAGAUGACGGAGAAGCCAUGACCAUCCUGGGCAGGUAUCUGGACAACGUGACUAAUAAGGACAGCACUCUUCCUCCAAUCCCUCAUCUUCACUCACUCCUGACGGAUAACGGGGAUCCUCAUCCUGAGGUGGACAUCUUCAAACUCGUGCGCAUCUCCUAUGAGAAGUUCGGCUCCAUCCGGGCGGAUGUGAUUGAGCAGAUGCGUUUCAAACAGAGGCUGAGAGUGAUCCAGGCCAUUGAAGACACCACCAAACGCAAUGUGGUGCGGACCAUCAUGACGGAGACACCCUUCAGCAUCGAUGAGCUGGAGGAGCUUUAUACACUCUUUAAGGCUGAGCAUCUGACCAGCUGUUACUGGGGCAGCACCAGUAACCCCAUGAGCCGGCACGACCCGAGCCUGCCAUACCUGGAGCAGUAUCGCAUGGAUCUGGAGCAGUUCAAAGUGCUGUUUGCGCUGCUCUUCCCCUGGGCCUGCGGCACGCACGCUGACGACCUGGCCCUGCGCAUCUUCCGUCUGCUGGACCACAACACCGACACGCUCAUAAACUUCAGAGAGUUCAUCAGCGGCCUGAGUGUCCUGUGUCACGGUGACCUGACGGAAAAACUCAAAUUUCUGUACAAGAUUCACAUACUUCCAGAGUUGCACCAUGAGCAGGAGGAGCCCGACUCGGCGUGUGAAGCUAUGCAGUAUUUUUUUGAGGACAUCACCCCAGAGACCUCCAGCGGUACUGCUGCAUGCUCACACUCACCACACAAAAUAGGCCUCGACCAAAAGAACAGAGCCGAGAAGGACGAUGGUUUUGUCGGAGUCACUUUUAAAAGUGAAAAAGUUAAGAAAAUGCACACUCCGGAUUACCGGAUGUACCUGCGCCUGUGGAACCAGGAGACCAACGCAAAGUUAGAGAACAUGAAGGAUCUGCCCAAACUCAACCAGAGUCAGUUCAUCGAGCUGUGCAAGACUCUCUAUAACAUGUUCAGCGAAGACCCCAGCGAGCAGGAGCUGUAUCACGCCACGGCUACAGUCACCAGCCUGCUGCUGGAGAUGGGAGAGGUGGGCAAACUCUUCUGCAGUCCCGCUCACAAGGACGAGGACGACGAUGAGGACGACCGCAUCCCAGCGUGCAGGAGCAAGCAGGAGCGAGCGCGCCGCAAACCUUGCGAUGGCGAGACAAACUCCUGCGUCACGGGUCCGUUAGAGGACAUCAAACUGGAGGACUCGUCCCCCAAAGACAUGGCCACGUCCUCCGCCAUGCUCAUCUCCGACGACGAGACCAAAGAUGACACGUCCAUGUCCUCCUACUCCGUCCUGAGCACCGGCUCCCACGAGCUGAACGAUAAGCUUCAGUGCGAGGACAUCGCGGAGGACACCGUGCUCAUACGCAACGGUGGUUUACCUCACAGCGCCAGCAUCGAUAAGGACUGGGCCAUCACUUUCGAGCAGUUCCUGGCCUCAGUGCUCACCGAACAAGCCCUGGUGCAGUACUUUGAGAAGCCGGUGGAGAUCGCCGCGCGAAUAACCAAUGCCAAGAACGUUCGCAAGGUGGGACACCAACACAUGUCCGUCAGUGACUAUGAGAUCUCGCUAUCAGGCUAACGUGCUAAACUAUAAACUAGUACCUCUGCAUUCACAACUCUAUUUCGGGGUUAAAGGAGUAGUUAUCCAAAAAUUAAAAUUCGGGCAUCAUUUACUCACUUUUAUGUUCCAAACCUGACUGACUGAAAUUUUUCGCAAAAAGUUCAUGCUAGCUUUUCCAUACAAUGAAAGUGGAUGGUGACCAUCUCUGUUGAGCUAAAAAAUUACAAGAAGCAGCAUUAAAAAUAGACAUGUACGCUAUAUAGUGAGUUUUCUAAAGCCAUAUGCUAGUAAAUAACAACUUAAAGUUCAGUAUGUUUCUCUCACAAACCUAUUUUAUGACUUUAGACAUUUUGUAAUAAUCAUAAUAGCCACUUUUAUG